AGCUAGAGAUUCACGACCAGAGCCAGAUGCUGAGCGCAGACUGAACCAGUGGAUCCACAGAAGGCAAAAACGAAAUAUAAUAAUCGUAACAAAAUGGAAUCAAAUAUGCUGCUUGACAUUGCUAACUUCAGCACGUUGUUUGUGUGCAUGGUGCUAAAGUUUCCGCAAAUAUUUGUUUUGAUACGAGCGAAAUCGACGAAAGGAAUCAGUUUAAACAGUCUUAUUCUGGAGUUAACGGGAUUUAUAGUGUUUGUGUCUUACCAGAUGUAUUAUAACUACCCACCACCAACUUACCUGGAGUACCCGAUUCUCAUUGCUCAAGAUGUCAUCCUCCUGCUGUUGAUCCUCCACUACAACGGCAGCCUGAAACAGAGUGUGCUGUACGCAGCUGUGUUUGUGGGGGGCUGGCACCUACUUACUCUGCAGAAGUGGAUUAUUGACCUGGCUAUGAGCCUAUGCACAUUUAUCAGUGCUGGCAGCAAGUUUGCCCAGCUGCAGUGCCUGUGGCAGUCCAAAGACUCUGGGCAAGUGAGCGCCCUCUCCUGGGCAAUGGCUACCUACACAUGUGCAGCGAGGAUUUUCACCACAACUGUAACAACUGGAGACAUGCAGGUUCUGGUGAGAUUCGUUGUGAUGACGUUGCUGAACACCUGGGUUCUGGCUACGGUGUUGUACUACAGGAAGAGUGCCAAGAAGCAGGACUGAGUUCCCACCAUGACUGACAACAGCAAGGCUGGGUGGGCAGUCACCAGGACUGCCUGGAAACAAUUUAAAGAGACACUUUUUCAUUCCAGUUCAGACAGACUCACUAUUGACAUACUCAAACCAAGUUUUGACAUUUUUACCUUAAUGUGAACCUCACACUUCUAACCACAUUCCACUAACUGUCCUGCAAUAUUCUGAUGGUACUAAGAAUAUACUGUCAUUGUGGUGUUGGAUACCCUACAAUAGGUCAAUAUGCUAAUGUAUGUUUAGUUGAAAUUUACCUCUCCUCAACUGUUACUCAGGACAAAAUACUGUACUGCCAACAAAUACUGUAAAUGAACAGUUAUAGGUUUAAGUAAAUAAACCAAAAUAUCUUUGCUUAAAA